GCCAUUUUGUUAUUAUUUUCGAAAAUCUGUAGGUUGGAUUUAAGGACAACGUAAAGCUGCCAUUUUACACAUUUCUCAUUGAAUGUGGGGGGAAAACGAAGAAAUUCUGUAUGAGAUUUAAGAAACAUAGUUACGACGAAGAACGGCCUCGGUGGGUAUCGUACAUUUAUGAGUGGAGCUCUCUUCACUGGCGAUCGUCGCAAACGGAGCAGAGGCAGGAGUGACGAGCGAGAGAACGUGCGAAAGAUAGAGAGAGAAAGAGACGGUGAGGAACAGCGAGUCUGUGAAACGAGGAACGAAAUUGGUCGCGCGCGGGAAUCAGCGGUUGUGUGUUUGGCCUUUUUCUGAUUGUGAUUUACUGCGAGAGAUUGUGAUUACUCGUGUGAAACGUGUGUUUUUUACCUACGAAUUGAGAAUCUAUGUGUGGGAGUUGAUACGAUAGAGUGUAUGAAAAUUGGAUAAUUUACAAUAAACAAUGGCAACAUUAGCAGAACAAGCAUCUAAGCUUUUGGAUUUCAAUCAAAAGCUAGAUAUAACACUUCUUGAUAACAUAGUAGGUUGUAUGUACACUGGGAUAGGUGAGCAACAGAGAGUUGCACAAGAAGUAUUGACUACACUUAAAGAACAUCCAAACGCAUGGACCCGUGUAGAUACUAUUCUAGAAUAUUCACAGAACCAACAAACAAAGUAUUAUGCUCUACAAAUACUGGAACAAGUUAUAAAGACACGAUGGAAAGUAUUACCACGAAAUCAGUGUGAAGGUAUAAAAAAAUACAUAGUAGGUCUUAUUAUAAAGACAAGCAGUGAUCCAGAAACAAUGGAGGCUUCAAAAGUUUAUCUUAAUAAACUUAAUAUGAUUUUAGUUCAGGUUUUAAAACGUGAAUGGCCAAAAAAUUGGGAAUCCUUCAUUGGUGACAUUGUUGGUGCAAGUAAAACAAAUGAAAGUCUUUGUCAAAACAAUAUGGCAAUUUUAAAAUUAUUAUCGGAAGAAGUAUUUGACUUUUCAAGUGGACAAAUGACGCAAACAAAAGCAAAACAUUUGAAAGAUACAAUGUGUAAUGAAUUCUCACAUAUUUUUCAUCUCUGUCAGUUUGUAUUGGAUAAUUCACAAAAUGUUCAAUUGGUGGCAGUUACAUUAGAAACUCUUUUAAGGUUUUUAAAUUGGAUUCCUUUGGGAUAUAUUUUUGAAACAAAAUUAAUCAAUACUUUAGUAUUCAAGUUCUUAAAUGUACCAAUAUUCAGAAACAUUACACUAAAAUGCUUGACUGAAAUCGCUGGUGUUACAGCACCAACCUAUGAAGAAUCAUUCGUAAUGUUGUUUGUUAAUAUAAUGCGACAGUUAGAACAGAUUCUACCCCUUGAAACAAAUAUACGCGAAGCGUAUGGAGCUGGUGGAGAUCAAGAACAAAAUUUUAUUCAGAAUUUAGCUAUAUUCCUUUGCACAUACCUAAAAGAACAUGGGCAAUUUAUAGAAAAAAAGCAAUUAAAUGAUUUACUACUCAAAGCAUUGCACUACCUUGUUUUAAUUUCUGAGGUUGAAGAAGUUGAAAUAUUUAAGAUCUGUUUGGAAUAUUGGAAUGCAUUAGCAAUGGAUUUAUAUAGAGCAAAUCCUUUUGCACCCCCAACGCCGUUAUUUAUGGUUAAAAAUAUGACUCUCCCGUCUAGGAGAUUAUUCUAUUGCCCGGUUUUAACUAAAGUACGAUAUAUCAUGAUCAGCAGAAUGGCUAAACCCGAAGAAGUUCUUGUUGUAGAAAAUGAGAAUGGGGAAGUUGUUAGGGAGUUUAUGAAAGAUACUGAUUCUAUUAAUUUAUAUAAAAAUAUGAGAGAAACUCUUGUGUAUCUUACUCAUCUUGACUAUAUGGAUACUGAAAGAAUAAUGACAGAGAAGCUACAAAACCAAGUAAAUGGAACAGAAUGGUCUUGGAAAAAUCUCAAUGCGUUAUGCUGGGCAAUAGGCAGCAUUUCCGGUGCAAUGCACGAAGAAGAUGAAAAACGAUUUUUAGUAACUGUUAUCAAAGAUCUUCUAGGUCUUUGUGAACAAAAGAAAGGAAAAGAUAAUAAAGCUAUUAUUGCUAGUAAUAUUAUGUAUGUAGUUGGGCAAUAUCCAAGAUUUCUCAGAGCGCAUUGGAAGUUUUUAAAGACUGUUGUAAAUAAACUGUUUGAAUUUAUGCAUGAAACUCAUGAUGGUGUACAAGAUAUGGCCUGUGAUACAUUUAUAAAAAUAGCAUUGAAAUGUAGGCGACAUUUUGUCACACCACAAACAGGAGAAUUGGUACCAUUUAUUGAAGAAAUCCUUUCUACUAUUAGUAGUAUCAUUUGUGAUCUUCAAACACAGCAGGUACAUACAUUUUAUGAAGCAGUUGGAUAUAUGAUAUUUGCACAGACAGACACAGUGAUGCAAGAAGAGUUAAUAGAACGGUAUAUGCUUUUACCAAAUCAAGUGUGGGAUGACAUAAUAAGUCAAGCAUCUAAAAAUGUAGAUGUAUUAAAAGAUCAAGAAGCUAUCAAACAACUUACUAGUAUUUUGAAAACAAAUGUAAGGGCUUGUAAAGCACUUGGUCAUCCAUACGUGAUACAGUUAGGAAGAAUAUAUUUAGAUAUGUUGAACGUUUAUAAGGUUAUGAGUGAGAAUAUAAGUGCUGCAAUAGCUUUGAAUGGAGAGGUAGUAAUGGAACAAUCUUUAAUUAAAAGUAUGAGAGUAGUGAAAAAGGAAACAUUAAAAUUGAUCUCAGAAUGGGUCAGCAGAACAACUGAUCGUCAAAUGGUCUUAGAUAGCUUUUUACCACCUUUAUUGGAUGCCGUCUUAUUGGAUUAUCAAAAAACAAAUGUUCAUUGUGCUCGAGAACCGGAGGUGUUAAGUGCUAUAGCUACUAUCGUAAAUAAAUUGGAAUGUUAUAUUACUAGCGAAAUACCCAAAAUAUUUGAUGCUGUGUUUGAAUGUACUUUAGAAAUGAUAAAUAAGGAUUUUGAAGAAUUUCCGGAACAUAGAACGAAUUUCUUUUUACUUUUACAGGAAGUGAAUGUUUCUUGUUUCUCUGCAUUUCUUAUAAUUCCACCAGCACAAUUUAAGCUUGUACUUGAUUCUAUAAUCUGGGCUUUUAAGCAUACAAUGAGGAAUGUUGCAGAUAUAGGGUUACAAAUAUUGUAUCAACUUUUACAAAAUAUUGAAAUUUCUGCUCCCGAUGCUCAAAACUUCUAUCAGACAUACUUUACAGAUAUUCUGCAACAUAUAUUCAGUGUAGUUACAGAUACAUCACACAUAGCAGGCCUUAAUAUGCAUGCUACAAUUCUGGCAUACAUGUUUUCAUUGGUUGAACUUGGGCGAAUCAAAGUUCCAUUGGGACCUGUACCAGAUAACACAUUAUAUGUUCAAGAAUUUGUUGCAAGAUUGCUUAAAACAGCAUUUCCACAUUUAACUGAUAAUCAGAUUAAAAUAACUGUACAAGGUUUAUUUAAUCUUAAUCAAGAUAUUCCAGCGUUUAAAGAACAUCUUAGAGAUUUCCUCGUUGAAAUUAGAGAAUACACCGGCGAAGACGACUCAGAUCUGUAUCUCGAAGAGAGAGAAACUGCAUUACGAUUGGCACAAGAAGAGAAAAGGUUACAGCAAAUGGCAGUACCAGGAAUACUUAAUCCUCACGAAAUACCAGAAGAGAUGCAGGACUGAAUUACCAGUCAUCUUCGUUAACUGCUUUCUGUACAUCUCACUAAGAAACAUUCUGUUAUACAGACUAUUCUAUCCUUUGAUCUGCGAUGUUUCCCACAUGUACCACAGCUGCCAUCAAGAUGGAUAUACAUUAUAUACUUUUUAAAGCCAAGUUUACAAUAUAACAUUCUUGUAAAGGAGGUAAGCCCGAAACGCGCUGAUUGUCUGUUAUACAAUUUUAAAAGAAUUGAAACUUCUGUUAUGAGUAACAGGUGAAUGCAUGUUGGGCAAUACUAUUUUAUGUAGCGAAUAAAAUAACAUUUAUACAUUGAUAUUUAGUGGUCUUAAUGAAUAUUUCUUUAAUAAAGAUGUUUCCUAAAAAUGUUAUUUGGUACUGAUACAGUAAUAAUGUGUAUGUUAAAAUUUUGAUUUACAUUAAAAUAAGUCCUAUAUAAAGGAAUUAAAAAAUUAUUUCUAUAUAUGUUUUUUAUCGAUAUCAUUACAUAAAUUUUAACUAUUUAACAUUUAAUAAAAUUAAAUAAUCUUGUUAUAAUAACAAGGAGAAACCAUGCGAUAUUUGAUAUUGGUGAGUGCUACAUUUUAAGAUAUACAUGUAAGUAAAGUCAUUUUCUAAACUAAGUUGGAUUUGAGAUACGAUGUUUAAUUCGUAUUAUACAUAAAAUAGUAUUGUUUAAGCAAAUUUAGAGGAUGUUACACGUAUAUGUGUGUGUUUGCAUAAAGUUGUAUGAUAAUGCUAUUAAUAUUACCAUAUAUAGAUAUAUAGGUACAUAGUAUAUAAAUAUAUAUGAUCUGCAAAUCAUACAGAGAAAUUUUGUAAAUUAAAAACUACAUGUCGUAUA